AUGUCGUAUCACGGACACAACCAGCACGGACAGUUCCCCGGAUCCACUGCUCGGCCCUUUCCCCAGCACCCGCAGGCCAGCAACAGCCAGAUCCCCGGACUCGCCCAAAACCACAGCGCUCAGCAACAACAGCAACAGCAACAGCAGCAGCAACAGCAGCACCAACAACCACAGUAUGCAGCGCAUCUCCAGCAGCAUCACAACCCAAAUAACAGCAAUUUCAGUCUCCCAUUGACCGCCGGCGGCUACAAACUCGACACUCCUCGGGACGCGAGACAGGGCACUGGUCUGCAAGGAGGCUACAACAGUAUGUCUAAUGGAGGCUGGCAUAGUUCCACUGAUAUGACAGGAUUCGGCCAAGCACACCCUAGCAGUCAACUGUCGCACAUGUUGACCCAAUCCCACCACCCAACGUCGCAGGCGUCGCUUUCUUUAUCGCAGCAGUACUCCCAGCCGCAACAGCAGCAGCAACAACCUCAACAGCAACCACAGCAUCAGCCAACACAGCAACAUCAACAGCAACCGGCAUUCCUCUUUCCGACUCACGGUCAAUCACCUACCCAUGUUCGCGCGCAACAAACUCAAGCACAACAGAUCCAGCAACAGCAGCAACAACAACAGCCUCAGCAGGCUCAGCAGGCUCAACAGGCUCAGCAGCAACAGCAACAGCCCCCUUACAACAGCCACCACUCGUCACAGCAGGGCUCACACCACUUCUCAUCUGCCAUGGUGUCGCCAGCUUCGCAAAUGUCACGCCAGCAGCAGCCUUCUCAGCAAAGCUUGGUGGGACCAGGACUCAAGACACCCACCUCAACCGCACUCGGCGGUGUCAGCUCGGUAGGUCGAGGAUACCUCGACACGCUCUCGACUGGACCCAACACGCCUGCAUUUGGUGGCGCAAAUAACAGCUUCUCAAUGACCAACAUGUCGAGCCUCAGAAACGCUUACGGCGCAGAGGAUGAAGUCACCACCUUUACAAAGGGAGGAAACCUGAUUCCUAGCGACGAAAGUCCUCUCGAUGUUUACCCGCUGAACGGAGCCCCUCAGAACAGCCAGGUCCCAGCCGCCAACAGAUACCAGCCCGCCAGGCCUAGUAGUAAUCCAGUGACACCUGGGCGUUUGCCACACGACAUGCGGUCAGGAUCCAGCGGACAUGUGUUUAGCAACAACAGCAGCAACAACAACCCAACGACGCUGUCUCAAAACCAACCCCUGCCAUCGUAUGAUCAACGGACAGCAACUCCAGCAAUGAGUCUCAAGAGCGAUGCGAUGAUUGGAGGAGGAGUUACACCCAGCAGUGCUCAGCAUCAACAACAAUCUUCUCGCCACCUGAACCAGCCUUUGCCUCAGUCCCCGUACUCUUACCACUCGACCCAGCAGUCGCCACAACAGCCCUACCCAUCCCCUCAUGCAUCGAUCCUUCCACAGCCCCAGCAUCAGCAUCCUCACCAGCAGAAUACCCCUCCCGGACAAUCUGCCAUAACCCCCAAGGAGUCGCCUCAGCUCCCAGCUCCCAAGGUCGUGGCGGUGGAGCCAGAGCCCAAGAAGAAACAGCCAAAGGUUCCCAAAGCUGCUGCUGGUACCAAGAAAGCUGCACAGGGCAAGAAGAACUCCAAGGCGCACCUAGAGAACAUUCCUUCUCCAGAUACGGGGCGAGCGGAAACAGGACCAUCACAUGCUAUGUCCUCGCCCUACAGCAAUGUGAACUCAUCCGUUUCCACUCAUAACCGGAUGUACAGCAACUCGUUGACGCCCGCCACUCUUGCCCAGCAUCAGCAGCAGUACCCAAGUUUCCAGCAGCAACACCAGCCCUCGCCUCCGCACUUGAUGCCAAGCUCGCUUCAGCAACAGCAACAGCAGCAUCAACAACAGCAAGUCCAGCAUCAGCAGCAACAGGCCCAGCAGCAACAGGUUCAGCAUCAACAGCAACAACAACAACAGGCUCAGCAACAUUCGCAGCACCUGCAACACCAGGCUCAUCAACAACAGCAUCAGGCCCAGCAACAAGUGCCGCCACACUUGCAGCAUCAGCACUCAGCGCACCAGCAACAACCGCCACCACAACAGCAGCAACAACAUCAGCAGCAGCAACCACCACAGGUCCAGGCACAUCAGCAGCAGCAAGCUCAGCAGCAGCAACAACAACAGCAGCAAGCCCAGCAGCAAAGUCAGCAGCAGGCAUUGCGACACCAGAGGAAUGAAAGCUUUGACACGAAUGCUCGAUCGAUGGUACAGCCUGUCAGCGUACCUCCUACGCCCCCUGUCUCUGCCCCUGUCCCUGAACCCACGCCAGAGAAACCCAAGGGCAAGGGUCGUGGCCGGAAAAAGAAAGUCGCCGAGGUGCCACCUGCCGCAUCUGCGCCUGCGCCUGCACCUCCUGCCCCGUCUGCGCCUGCCCCUAUCCCUCCACCUGCUGCACCAGCUCCCGGUCCUAUGACUCGACCCACCGUGAUGCCAGCCCUACCUCAAACAUCCUCGGCACCCAAGAUGACCAAAGCGCAGGCACUGCAACAGCGCCAACAAGAGCAAGCACAGGCGCAACAACAGCAACAGCUUCAGCAGCAACAGCAAUUGCAUCAACAGCAGCAGUUGCAAAUGCAGCAGCUUCAGUUGCAACAACAGCAACAGCAGCAACAGGCUUUGCAACAACAGCAGCAACAGGCAAAGGCACUGCAGCAGCAGCAAGCACAACAGCAAGCUCAGCAGUUGCAGCGCCAACAGUCCACAUCGUCCAUUCCAACGCCCCCUGCUCCCACCCCCGCCCCAAAGAUAUCCAAGAAGAAGGCCGCUGCUCAAGCAGCCGCCCAGGCGGCAGCACAAGCUGCACAGCAGGCCGCACAGCAGGCUGCGCAACAGGCCCAACAGCAAGCUCAGCAGCAGGCCCAACAGCAAGCCGCACAAGCUGCACAACAGCAGGCUCAGCAGGCUCAGCAGUUCUACCCAAGCCAACCCAAUGCGGCCCUGCCCUUGUCUCAGCCUGGUCUUCACCCCUCUGGUCGACCUAAGCGACCUCCAAAUGCCUUCUUGGUGUUCUCUAGUGUGCGUCGUCCCGAGCUCCAAAAGAUGUAUCCAAGUCACAAGACUGCUGUUCUCAGUAAGCGUCUUGGUGAAGAAUGGCGUAGCAUGAGCAACGAGCGCAAAUCGCUUUAUACCUCUCGUGCAAAGGAUAUCAAGGACACAUUCCAGACGAACCACCCUGAUUACGUGUACACUCGUCGUUCUUCCAAGAAGCGUGGACUCAACGAUGUUGAUGCUGGACCCUCCAAGAAGUACAAGGGCGGCGACAACUACGCCGACAAUCACAACGGCAACGGCAACAGCAGCAACAAUAACAGCAACAAUGCCAACAGUGCCGCACACUUGGCGGCGGCCCUUGGACUGGAUCCUAACCGCCCCAGACGUCCCAUGAACUCGUAUCUGAUUUUCAACCAGGAGAUGCGCCACAAGUUGUUGCUUGACAAUGCCAACCUGACGGUGAGCGAGAUCUCUCGGGCAAUUGGACAAAAGUGGGCGACCAUGACGCCAGAAAUGAAGCGCGAGUACACGGAGAAGGCGGCUGCGAUCAAGUCAAACUUCCUGAAGGAGCACCCAGACUAUGUGUACUCUCGCCGAAGCAAGGCUGAGAUUGCCGCCUCUGGAGCCGCGCGCCGUCGCGGAGCUGUUCCUCUAUCUGGCGCAUCGCUUGCCAAGCAGCAGCAGGCUCUUGCUCGGAGUGGUGCUCUUGCAGCUGCAAACGCAGCCAGUUCAGCUGGCGGUUCGGCAGGUGGCGCUGGUGGGGCGAACCAUGCAGCCAAUCAUGUUCCCAAUAGCCAUGCGAGUGCCUCGCGGGCCAAUGGCGCAGGUGCUAUGGGUGGUGGACUGGAUGUGGCGAUCAAUGGCAAGGACACCAAGGGCCGCAACAAGAAGCGCACCAAGGACCCCGAUGCACCCAAGCAUCCUAUUCCUGGCUUCUUGUUCUUCCGGUCUGGCGAACGGGCGCGCAUCCGUGCUAUGAACCCGAACCAGCCGAUCCCCAAGGUCGCAGCGACGUUGUGGAACGAGAUGACGCCUGCACAGCGGGAACCCUGGUUGCAGAAGGCGGCGCAGGACAAGCAACGCUAUGCAGAGGAGAUGCAGGCGUACUCUGCAAGGAAGGGUCGCAUGGGCAAAGGACGGUCAUAA